AUGGCGUCUCAUGUGCUUGAUUUCAGUACAUAUUACAACAUCAUCGAUAACAAGUUGACCUCCACAGCCAUCACUCGUCAUGGCAUCAACCCCGCGAACGCUCAGCCUAACCCAGAAGUUCCCAUCUCCACACAAGCAGACCUUGAUCAAGCCGUAGAGGCUGCGCAGAAGGCUUUCAAGAUAUGGUCGAAAACAUCAUUCGAGGAACGUCGCGCGGCCCUGCAUGCCUACGCCGAUGCGAUUGAGGCAAAUGCCGAGAAGCUCGCCCAAAUUCUCACAAUGGAGCAGGGAAAGCCCUUGACUCAGUCUUCAGCGGAGGUUGGUAUGGCACCUGGUUGGAUUCGUGGGCUCAGCGCUUUGGAAAUUCCCCGGAAUGUCAUCGAGGAAACUGAGGAGAAGACAAUUAUUCAACGAUAUACCCCAAUUGGUGUUGCCGCCGCUAUCGUGCCUUGGAACUUUCCGGUUCUUCUGGCAAUUGGAAAAAUUGUCUCGGCUGUCUACACUGGUAAUACUGUGAUUGUCAAGCCUUCUCCCUUCACUCCUUACUGUGGCCUGAAGCUUGUCGAACUAGCUACACACUCCUUCCCUCCCGGUGUUGUGCAGUGUCUUAGUGGAGAUGAUACCCUUGGUCCUAUGAUUACAGAGCAUCCUGGGAUUGAUAAGAUCUCUUUUACUGGCUCUAUCCUCACAGGAAAGCGGGUUAUGGCUAGCUGUGCCAAGACUCUCAAGCGUGUGACUCUUGAGCUGGGUGGAAAUGAUCCCGCAAUUAUUUGUGAGGAUGUCGAUAUCGACGCGGUAAUUCCUAAGGUUGGAAUCCUCUCUUAUCUGUGCAGUGCUCAAAUUUGCAUGAUGAUCAAACGUCUUUAUGUCCACGAAAAGAUCUACGACGAAUUUAUGGAGAAACUGGUCGCUUUUGUCAAGACACUUAAGGUCGGUGAUGGCACCGGAGCAGAUAUCUUCUUUGGUCCAGUACAGAACAAGAUGCAGUAUGAGAAGGCCAAGGAACUCUUUGGCUCUAUCACUACCGAGAACCUUAAAGCUGCACUCGGAGGAACCAUUGAAGACUCUACCGGAUACUUCAUUCACCCAACUAUCAUCGAUAACCCUCCUGAGGAUUCACGAGUUGUUCACGAGGAGCCUUUCGCUCCUAUCCUACCCGUCCUCAAGUGGUCUGACGAGGAAGAUGUUAUUGAUCGGGCCAAUGCGCUGGAGACUGGAUUGGGCUCCUCAGUUUGGUGCAGUGAUUUGGACAGGGCUUCUCGUAUUGCGGAUCAGUUGCAGUCGGGCGUGGUUUGGGUUAACUCGCACUUCCAAGUUGCACCCAAUGCUCCCUUUGGAGGCCACAAGCAGAGCGGCAUGGGUGUUGAAUGGGGACUGUCUGGUCUUCUCGCCUACUGCAACUCCCAAACACAGUGGCUUAACAAGAGCCCUUAA